AUGGAGGAAUCCUCUCGUCUGUCGACGUCCAGAACAUUCCCCGUGAAUCUGCACCACCGCCAUCGCUCCGAAGCAGCUCGCCCUACAACCAACAGCACAGCACGCAGCGGUGCGACCGAGGAACGACAGCCCUGGCCACGGAGAUUAUUCGUGGACACGUCUGUCGAGGAACAGCAGCAGCAGCAACAAGCAAAACAUAGCGGUAACAAAUCACAUCGCUACUCCAAGUCUCGGGAUUACAACCACCGUCUCCCCCGAGCCGUCAAUCAGAUUGCGUCCGCUGGAGGAGCCAGGAAUCUCCUGCCAAAUAGAUCAUUCCACCAUCGACAGUGGUCGCAGCAAAUCGGCGAGGAUAGGAACAGAUUCAAGGAUAAAUACAGGGACAGAGAGGGCAGCACAGACUUUAGCUUCCUACGACCGACGGCGACCACUACCAGUCAUACCCAUGAAUCGUCACGGUCUCGGUGUGGCUCUAGGUCGCCUAGCGCUCAAAAUCGCAGCAAUAGCAGAGCAGGCAGUUUAGUGACGACGGAUGAUAGCAGGCUUAGCUUGACGAAGGGGAAAGAAAUCAAAACGAUGGAGGAUUUGAAUCAGGCGAGGGAGGAGCGGAAGAAGGGCGAAGAGUAUCUACGAACCAAACUCGCAUCAGUAGGCACUCGAGCAACCGAAAUUACGCGCCGACUCGAUUACACAUAUUACAACCUCCUCGACCGCAUGUCCGCGCUCAACUCCACCAUACACACAUUCCACGGACUCGUCGAUUCCACCACAGCACUACACGACACCUUCCAGCGCGACAACACCAAUCUCGAACAAGACACGCACCGCCAACUCGAAGAAUUCCAAAACUUCGAGCCCCAACGGCGCCGCAUCGAGGCCUUGGAGGAGCGCAUGAAAGCCGGUCGCUGCAGGAUGGAAACACUGGGCAACAGACUCGACACUGUGCGCAAGGAAAUCGAAGGCUGGGAACGGCGCGAGGGCGAGUGGCAGGCUCGUGUUAGUCGCAGGUUGCGGAUGCUGUGGGGGAUUGCGUGCAGUGUGGUUUUGGUGCUGAUUAUAGCUUAUGGGGUUCAGAGUUGGCGGUUGUCGUCGUUUUCGCAGAAUGAGUUGAAUUCGCGAGUUGAGAUGUUGUCGAGGAAUGCAGCGGUUCAUACUACGCAGGAGGAUAUGGACCCCUUUUUAGGAUCUCUAUUACACUCGAAAGCCAGCUCUUCAGCUGCAGCAACGAGCUCUGGUGAACGCAUCCAGAGCACAUCGAGUGAUCCGUUACAUCUGUUUGACGAGUUAUAA